AUUAUAAUUUUUUUGUAAUAUUAUGUAUGUUACAUUUAUGGCAGUGUGUGAAUAGGCAGUGGAUAUGAUCGGUUGUUAAAAAAUUGUUUGGAUUAAAAUAAGCGAAAUUUAUCCAAACAGAUAAGGAAGGUCAAUUACAAAACUGGUAAAAGUAAUUUCAAAAUGGCGUAUAAUAUAGGAAAUCUUUGCAAGGUGUUUGCGCGUUCCAGCCAGAACACAAGUACAGUAUUGAGAAACAUUCCAUACCGGUAUUUUGUAACAGAUAUGUCGAAACCCUCAGUUUAUAUUACCCGACAGGUUAAUAAAGAAGCGGUGGAUUUAUUGAAAGAACAUUGUCAAGUAACAUCAUGGACAGGUGAAGGUCCAGUACCCAGAGAAGAACUCCUUAAGAAUAUAGAAAAUAAAGAUGCCCUGUUCUGCAUGUUGACUGAUAAGAUAGACGCGCCUGUAUUAGACAAAGCUGGAAAGAACUUAAAAGUCGUAGCCACAAUGUCUGUAGGUUACGAUCAUUUAGAUACAAAAGAAAUCAAGAAGCGAAACAUAAAAAUGGGAUAUACUCCUGAUACUCUGACGGAUGCUACUGCUGAACUAGCUGUAGCACUAUUGCUAGCCACUAGUAGAAGACUAUUGGAAGCUAACAAAGAAGCUAAAACUGGAGGUUGGCAUGCAUGGUCGCCAUUUUGGAUGUGUGGGCCAGGCUUAAAAGAUUCCACAGUUGGUAUUGUUGGAUUUGGAAGAAUAGGACAACAAAUUGCUAGAAUUCUUAAAGCCUUUAAUCCUAAAAAGAUUAUUUACUACAAUAGAUCUGAGAGAAAAGAAGCUACAGAAAUCGGAGCUGAACGUGUAUCAUUUGAUGAACUUUUAUCACAGAGUGACUUUAUUAGUGUUAGUGCUGCGCUUACACCAGAUACCCAUAACAUGUUUAAUGAAGAAGCGUUCAGAAAAAUGAAAUCUACAGCAGUUUUUAUUAAUACUAGUAGAGGAGGGUUAGUUGACCAAGAUGCUCUAGUUGCUGCUCUUCAGAAUAAAGUAAUAUGGGGAGCUGGAUUAGAUGUAAUGACUCCUGAACCUUUACCUCUUGAUCAUCCAUUAUUUAAACUGAAAAACUGCGUUAUUUUGCCCCAUAUUGGAAGCGCUGCUAUUGAAACUAGGAAUGAAAUGGGGGUAGUAACUGCCAAGAAUAUAAUCGCUGCCCUUAACGGCGUAAAAUUACCAUUUGAAUUGAUUGUGUAAACCUGUGUAUUAAUGAAAUUUGUUAUUUAUAAAGCAUGACACAUAUGAA